CAAGCUCUCCCUGGGCACUGUUUGUUUAACAACUAAAAAGAAAGCACUUUGUGUCACUCCAAAGAGUAAAUAUCUGAAGUUAUGGAUUAACUAAGUUCCAGCAGAGCUCAUGGAGGAGGAACAGAUCACACUGAUUCCCACUGAAUAAAGCAGUGACUCCAGCUGCAGGAUGUGGAAGCUCCUCUCUGUGGGGCUGCUGCUGGCUGCCUGCUCUUCCUGGGGCUGCUGCACCUCAAUAUUUUACAGCAGUAAAGAUGCCAACGAAGUCCUGAGAAUCCAGAAGCGGGCAAACACUUUCCUGGAGGAGCUCAAGCCAGGCUCUGUGGAGCGUGAGUGCAUUGAAGAGCGCUGUGACUUUGAGGAGGCCAGUGAGAUAUUUGAAACCAGGGAAGAAACACAAAAUUUUUGGAACAAGUAUCUAGAUGGAGAUCAGUGUAAACCAGAUCCUUGUUCCAACGGGACCUGCAAGGACAGUAUUGGAAAAUUUUCCUGCAUCUGUAACAAAGGCUGGGAAGGGGUUUUGUGUAGUUAUGAGGUCAAAUACAGCAACUGUUCCGUGGACAAUGGAGGCUGUGAACAUUUCUGCAGGGAGGACCCUGCCAAGCAGCGUCGCUUGUGCAGCUGUGCUUCGGGGUAUCAGCUCAGGGAUGACCACACCACGUGUGAGCCUGUAGUGGAGUUCCCCUGUGGAAGAGUGAAGUCAGACUACCUUGAAGCCAAAGCAGACUUCAAUAUUCGGCUUAUUGAUGGAACAGCUGGAAGAAGGGGAGGCAGCCCUUGGCAGAUUAUGCUGCAAAAUACCAAAGGGAUGUUUCUGUGUGGGGGUGUUCUCAUCCAUCCAGCUUGGGUCCUAACAGCAGCACACUGCCUUGAGGAGUACAAGGGGUUCAAAGUUAAACUUGGUAAAUUCCGUUUCCGUCCUGAGGCAGAUGAGCAAACCAUUUGGAUUGAUAAAUGGGUGAUCCACGAAAAUUACACCAAGACGACCUCAGAUAAUGACAUAGCCUUGCUGCACUUGGCUGAGCAUGUGAUGUAUUACAAAUACGCGCUCCCAAUCUGCCUUCCCACCCGCAACCUGGCAGAGCAGGAGCUGAUGAGGAGUGGGAAGCAGGCGGUGGUGACGGGCUGGGGCACCACGAGCGAGCGUAACCUCACCUACGCUACUUCCCUCAGGUACAUCGAAAUCCCCAUCGUGCCCCGCAACGAGUGCGCCCAGGCCAUGAGCUCCCAGAUCUCUGACAACAUGCUGUGUGCUGGGAGCCUGGGAGACAGGAAAGAUUCCUGCCGUGGGGACAGCGGGGGCCCUUUGUUCACUAGAUACAAGGAUACUUGGUUUUUGGUAGGGCUGGUGAGCUGGGGUGAAGGCUGUGGAAGAAGGGAGAAAUUUGGAGUGUACACCAAAGUUAGUCAGUACCUUGAGUGGAUCCAGCACCACAUAGAUAUGUCAGCUCCUUUGAAGGGUUAAUUCUGAUCCAGAGUCUGGAAUGUUGUGACUCUGUGCUAGUGACAGUAUGCACUAUAAUGUACUGUCAGAUCUUCAGUAUUAAAUCUUGAGUAUGUGUUAA